GUCCUCAGGACACGUGUUUUGAGGGUGGCGUGUUUCCUGCCGUGCUCAGUUUUCCAUCUGAUUAUCCUCUCAGUCCUCCAAAGAUGAGGUUCACCUGCGACAUGUUUCACCCCAACAUCUAUCCCGAUGGUCGGGUGUGUAUCUCCAUCCUUCACGCUCCGGGAGACGAUCCAAUGGGCUACGAGAGCAGUGCAGAGAGGUGGAGUCCAGUCCAGAGCGUGGAGAAGAUCUUGCUGUCAGUGGUCAGUAUGUUGGCAGGUACGUCACAUGAUCCAUCACAUGAUCC